AUGGAAGCGGCGGCAGCGCUGCGCAAGGCGCGAAUCGAUGCGCUGCGCGCGCUGCGCGCAGCCGAGGAGGCAAGCGAUGCAGACGCACUUGCACAGAACACGUUUGGCGCAGAGGUGAAGCGUGCGUUCCGCGAGAGUGUGCCUCCGCCGGGCUAUGUGCGCCCAACGACCGUGAUCGAUACGGUCGAGCAGGCGAUUGCUGGGCUGCAAGAACGUACGCUGGGAGAGGAUGCAACGAUGCAGACGCAGGAACUUGAUCUGCACGCAAUUGCGCCGCAGAAACCAAAUGCAGAUUUGCGGCGUGACUAUAUGCGGCGCGUCGAGAAGCUCGAGCGACGGACCAAGCAUGCGAUCCGUACAUUGAUUGUGCAGCGCCUCGGCACCCAGGACGAGGCUGCACAUGCAGAGGCAGUGAGCCUUGUUGCAGGGAUGGAGUCGGAGGAGGAGGAGGGGUGA